GUGUAGAGCAGUCCCUCACAGAGCCCUCCUUUCACCAGGCCCCCGGCUUGGGGCGCCUUCCUUCCCCAUGGCGGGACACCUGGCUGCCGACUUUGCCUUCUCGCCCCCGCCGGGCGGUGGAGGCGAAGGGCCGGGGUCAGAGCCGGGCUGGGCUGACCCUCGCACCUGGCUGAGCUUCCAAGGCGCCCCAGGUGGGCCAGGAAUCGGGCCAGGGGUUGGGCCGGGCGCGGAGAUGUGGGGCAUUCCCCCGUGCCCUCCGCCGUACGAGUUCUGUGGAGGCAUGGCGUACUGUGGACCUCAGGUUGGCGUGGGGCUGGUGCCCCAAGGCGGCCCGGAGACCCCUCAACCGGAGGGCGAGGCGGGGGCCGGGGUUGAGAGCAACUCCGAGGGGGCCUCUCCCGAGCCCCGCGCUGCCCCCGCUGGUGCCGUGAAGCUGGAGAAGGAGAAGAUGGAUGAGAACCUCGAGGAGUCCCAGGACAUCAAAACUCGACAGAAAGACCUCGAGCAAUUUGCUAAACUCUUAAAGCAAAAGAGGAUCACCCUGGGGUAUACCCAGGCCGAUGUGGGGCUCACCCUGGGGGUUCUUUUUGGGAAGGUGUUCAGCCAAACGACCAUCUGCCGUUUUGAGGCUCUGCAGCUCAGUUUCAAGAACAUGUGUAAGCUGCGGCCCCUGCUACAGAAGUGGGUGGAGGAAGCGGACAACAACGAAAACCUCCAGGAGAUAUGCAAAACGGAGACCCUCCUGCAGCAGGCCCGAAAGAGAAAGCGGACGAGCAUUGAGAACCGAGUGAGAGGCAACCUGGAGAGCCUGUUCCUGCAGUGCCCGAAACCCUCGCUGCAGCAGAUCGGCCACAUUGCCCAGCAGCUUGGGCUUGAGAAGGAUGUGGUCCGAGUGUGGUUCUGUAACCGGCGCCAGAAGGGCAAACGAUCAAGCGGUGACUACUCCCAGCGAGAGGAUUUUGAGGCUGCUGGGUCUCCUUUCCCGGGGGGACCAGUGUCUUUUCCUCUGGCACCAGGGCCCCAUUUUGGUACCCCAGGCUAUGGGGGCCCUCACUUUACUACUCUGUACUCCUCUGUCCCUUUCUCUGAGGGGGAAGCCUUCCCCUCUGUCCAGGUUACCUCUCUGGGCUCUCCCAUGCAUUCAAACUGAGGUGCCUGUCCUUCCUUCCCAGGAAUGGGGGGCAGAGGAAAGGGUAGAAGCUGGGGAAAUAGGACCCUGGGGUUUGUACCAGGGCUUUUGGGGUUAAGUUCUUCACUAAGGAAGGAAGGAAUUGGGAACACAAACAGUGGGGGCAGGAGAUUUGGGGGUGUAACUGGUUGGAGGGAAGGUGGAGUUCAAUGAUGCUCUUGAUUUUAAUCCCCACAUCACUCAUCACUUUGUUCUUAAAUAAAGAAACCUGGGACACAGUAGAUA